AUGAUUGAAGAACGGAGAAAACGGUUCAUCUUUUUAGUAGGUGAGCUCAUUUAGAGGUGUUUUUCUAACGUGUGAAGAAGUAUCUAAACGUAUACAAUUUUUUAUGAACACAAAUGAACACUCUUGCAAUAAAGAUGCUAAAUAUUACCGAGCCACUGCCGCCGACAACGUACCCUCGUACCCACCCAAUUGUUUUCGUUUUCUGUGACAUAAUUGCUCGUUUCCGCCUUAUCUAAUUCAUCAUUUUGCCCAUCUGGUGCGCUAAUUCGGCAUCUCUAUGUUUUGCUUUCGUCGCCAGCUGCUUCUUCGGCUUCCCUGUUAAAAAUUUCUUCUAUAGAAUCCUAAGAAAAUGUAAGUUCAUAAAUUUUUUGAGUGUCAAGUUUCUGUUGAAAAGAUUACUUCCUCUCUCCUCACUAUCAGUUUUCUGUGCAAUAGUCCCGGAGGAUGAUAAAAGUUGGUUGUCUAACAGUCGUCUCUUGGCAGUGAAAUGAAAACAUUGUUCCCAUCAUUAAGGCUAAUUGCCGGCUUCUUCACGGCGAGCACUUAGAAACUCAGACACUUUUCACCUCUUUCUCUUCGUUCCCUCUUCUCCCUAGACCAAUUCAUCAUAAAUCAAACCAAAUAGAGAAGGCACUGCCGUCCAAAUAAAUAAACAGGUUCUUCCUUCCUUUUGAGUAUCUAUCCACUCGGAGAGUCUCUUUUUCGUACAUCUCUUUUUUGAUAAUAUGCAGCUUGGCAGAUUUAUAGCAGCAUGAGCUUUUUGUUUGAUGAGGAGGUAUUAGUUUCGUUUCGCACAAAGCUGAUAAGGGAAUGUUUAUUUUUCCAGCCUGUUCUUAGCUGUGUUAAUAAUAACGACGAGAGGUCGUACGAGAAGUUUUAAACUUUCCGUCUCUCUCGUCUGCCCGCCCAAGGAAUAAAGAAUCCUCACAAUAAUCCACCACUGUUAUAACCCCAAUAAACAUUUCCAAGUAUGAGCUUCUUCUUCUGCUCUAGCCCGUCUAUCAAAUGAGUCGUUUACUUUAUUUAGCACAAGACAAUUUCCAAAAGCUCAUUCGAUGUCUUACAGUACACACGUCCAACUAACACAUUUCUCGAGGACAGUUUUCAUAGGGAAAAUUAUGAUAACAAGGCAAGGUCGGUUAUCGAAACUUUUUUGAGAUGGUUGUUUUUUAAAUUCAAAAUCUUUUUGUUUGGCCCGAGUGGAAUAUGACUACUGUAAGCAGUUCUUUUCUACUCUUUUUUCGUUUAUAUCAGAUUCAUUAAUUAGGUUGCCAGUUCGUUUGUUUGUUUGUUCGCUUUUCCAUCUUCACGUCACCUUUCUGAUAUUUUUUGAAAAAUAUUAUGAAGGGGAAAUGAGGAAAUUAACAUUUGAACUGCCAAACAAGCGCAAGCUUGUAAACUCACACAGGUUACAAAAGUCUCGUAAACGCAUUAUGGCAAAACAAGUCAGUUUACCGUUUUGCUCUCUUCUUUAUUAAGAGUGUAAAUAAGGACCAAGUAGUGUGACGGACGGCCUCAUCGCCCAAGUAUCAACUUGCACUCCGGUAGUGCCAGCCACUUACAAUUUCCGUUUGGUAUCCACUGACUUUGACUUCUUCUUUCUGUUCUUCUUCCGAAACAUCUUGUUGUUUGUUUUUCUGAAGGGUCUGACAGAGUUCGGAUGCUGUCCCGAAACCCUAUAAUUACUCUUAUUUCCUCCCGAUCAUGUUCCCACACAAUUUCCGAAAAUCUCCUGUUUCUAAGAGAUGAGGAUGCAGAGGUUGUAAUAAGCAAAAAGUGGAACACUUUUAUACUAUAAUUUUGUCAAAUUCGUGAAUCUUUAGUUUUCAAACCUCGCAUUGUUUUUCCAUUCAAAUGCCAUUCCUCUUUGUCCUUUCUUUCUAUACUUUAUUUCUUUCUGUCUUUCUGUCACUUUCUGUCAUUUUCUAUUUUCCAAUACGAUUAGAGAUUUUGAUCCGUUCUUGAGACUAUUUCGGGCAAUUUCAUUUCUUCCGUUCGUAUCCUUCAUCCUUUACUCGUUUCUAUUUCAAAGGUACGUAAGCAUGUCAUUGGGCUUCUCGUGGCUUCGAAGGAGGUUCAGCUAUUACGAAGAAAAUCAGUUCACCGAGUGUGCCAACAACAAUGACCCUACAAUCCGACUUCAAGGUUGGUUAUUACCAUCAAUCGUUUCUUUACAAUUUUUGCAUCUACCCCAACUUUCAAGUACAUCAUUACCACCAGAGACCGGCAAAUUGUUUUGUUUGUUUUAUUUUCCUCUUAACCUGGCUCUCGCAACUUUCUCAGACACAUUUUUACAACAAUUUUCUGUUUAAUUUUUUGAAAGAGAGAUGCCACAUUGAGAACUGAACGAGAUGACUCUCAAUUUACUUUUCUGAUUUAUUUUUUGACUUGGGUCUCGCUCGGUUAUUUUCGGAAUCGAGUCUGACAAAAGAACGUGCGAGUGUUCAGGCAUUUCACGAGGCCUUGCGAGGCUAAUUGUUAGCUCAGAGCAGUCCAACCUCGUAACUUGAUUGUUACUUGAUAGAUAAACUGCUUCACUACGACUUUUCAACAUAAAACUUGCUGAUGAACACAUUAAAACAGUUUUUUUCUGUAAGGGUUAUUUGACAUUUAUCUUAUAAGGGAUGAGGGAAAAUUUCUCGCAUCAUCACUUUACAACUCACUCGUCUGUUCCCCCAAUGUUGCCACAUCCUUCGUUGUCUUCUUUCCAAACAUAAAACAAUUUUCGUUCAAAUCAUGCAGAGCGCAUCUUUUGUUAUUGUUCAAAACUUUGUUAGAAACGAAACUUCCUCUUCUUUCGCAAAUUUUCAUAGUACAUGGCAAUAGGAAAAUUCAUCAUUGAAAUACUGACCUCGAACAUCAUCCAUGCGCACUCUCGCGCUGCCAUCCAUUUACGGUUAUUAUUGUUCUAUUCGAUCGAAUAUUGUCCCGCCAGAACAAAUUUUCCUUUGACACAUUCCGAGUGACUUUAGUCUGAAGAUGAAGAAACAAGACAAGAUGAGUAGAAGUAAGUAGUCGUAAUCUAAACAAAAUUGGAAUAGGACAGCUUCCCAUCCAGAAAAUGUCAUUUGUCAGUGUUUUCGAUUGCAUCUUUUUCCCGGUUUCUUUCCGCUUCUUCUUCUCCCUAUACACCCUCCAAAUCUUUUAUUUUUUGGUGCCUAAGAAAGUGUCAAAUAUUGCAAGCCAAUUUACACCUCACAUGUGUGUGCUCGGGAAGAGAGUCGUCCUGCGGCUAGUAUUAUCCCUCAAUCUCUCGCCCAUUUAUAUUAUGAAUAUUUGUUAUCUGCUCUCUGGCGGCUUCGGGGUCCAGCAGCAGAGUGAAAAGCCGGCAUCCAUCGACUGUACACGCGCCUGCUUUUAUCCUCGACUAAAGUUCUUGAAAAUUCGAAAAAUGAACAAUUUCUGAUAGUGUUGUUGAGUAGUGAUGGUGCUGCCGCCGAUUGUGUGUGGAUGUGUACGCGACAGUUGCGUGAGAUGCGUGUGAUAUCCGAGAAUUAAGAGAAACUCGCAGGCAAGAGAGACCUUCCAAUCAGAAGACGCAGAGAACAUUGGAGAGCAGCUUGAAGCUCUCGCACACACGAAUGAUACAACCAUCGCUUUUGAUGAUUUGUGAUUUAUUUAUGUCUUUAUGUGGAUCACGUUCCGAAAUAGCGGUUGGCAAUCUCAAGCGAUUUUCAUCUCACUGUACACCUAGAGUUUUUUUUCCGCGUGAAGUGAGGUGAGCAAGUGCCGAAGUGAAGUGAGCAAGUGCCGGAAAUCCGCGAGAUUUCACCUGUUCCCUCAGUUUGCUGUCAACUUUUUCUCCACAGUUUCAACCAAUCUCGUUUUUUUCCUGAUAUAUGAUUAGUAAACACUCGUCGCAGCUUGGUUUUUUAAUUGUUUUCAAUUCCAAGCAGAAUUUGUUUUUUCUGGUUCGAAUAAGGUGUCACUCUCUUUCUAAGCCAAUAUUUGUUUCUCUGAUUACAUUCCGAUUGAUAAAAUCCCCUGGAAUAUCCGCGAAAUUCGACUUUUCUUGCGGCGGCAUUCAACAAUUUUGCAGAAAAAGCAAUAGAUCUCGGUUAUUUUUGAUCAUUUUUGACGAUCAGACGCUCAAAAUGUGCGAAUUUCAUUUCUCUAUCGAUUUUGUUUGCUGAAAACUUAAAAGGCCACUUAUUUUUUCUAAUUUGUCAAAACUUUCGUAGUUCUCAGUGACUCACCUCCUGUUGUUGGCGACUUUUUUUCGGUCAACCCUUUUCUCGUAUGGAUAUGCGAAACAAAAGACGAAGAGAUGAUUAUGGCCAAAUACAUAAAAGUGAGCGCUAUUCCUGAACGUCCUUCACAUCUUUCUCUCGUCUUUUUUCUUUCCUUCUGAUUAUCUCAUUAUCCGGAAUGUAGUACUAUUCUUCCUGUCACUCACCUGCUAUCGGGCGGUCUCGUACAUUCUCAUAGGCCUGGAACACUUCCAUUCCGAUAUGAUCAAUUACCUUUUCCUUCAUUUCAUUCUGGUUCGCAUACCUUUUAUGCCCAGUUGACCAGCCUUUCACAGAAAAUGCUUCCUCGCUCACUAUUCUCUCUAAAAUUGUGUAUUUUCUGUUGAUGUUCUUUUGUUUUCCUCUCUGAGAACACAUUUCCUGUAAUUGGGGUUCAAGACCACUCUUUCCACAGGAGGUGCAAUAGUUUCCUACUUCCUUUUCCUUUUCAGAAUGUGUUCAGUAUGGUCGGCGCCGGCAACGACUAUACAUUCAUAACCCUAUUGCCUCACCCUAUUAAAAAUGGACAGUAUUGCUUUUUCAUGGGAAAACUUUAAGAUCUCGCCGCUUUUGAUGUUAUGUUUGGAGAUUUUCGUAUCAAAAAGAAAAAUAGUAAUUUGACACCUAGAUUUUCUUCUUGUGUGGUCACUCUAGCGGUCAUAUGAGACCGUUUUGUAAACAUAUAAUUGCAAUAGGGAGCGACAAUAGGGGCUAGAGUGAUCUAGCGCACAUGUCUUUUUUGCCCUUUGUAACCCCAUUGUUGCAAUUCUCCCACUCAAAAUUAUCAGGUUAUUCCGUCGGGAGCAAUCUAUUGAAAAUCGAUUUUGAAAAGUUCUUCAAAUGACAAUCCAGAACAAAAAAUACUACAAACAACUGAUUCUUCUAAUAGUAAGCGGUGCCCAAGAUUCCUCUUUUUCAUUGGUUGUGUAAACUUCGGCCUUUUGUUACACGCAUCUCUAUAAAUCACCAUUACAUUCUCCAAGAUGAGGGGGUGGUCUCUCUCUCUCUCUUUUACUCUCUAUAUUCCUUUUCUGAGUGGUCCACUUUGAGUAUCAAUUACUCCAAGCAAAUCCUCUAGUAUUACCUGUCAAUCGUGAGAUUGGUUAAUGGAACGAGGAACGGAAAGAGCAUUUCCUCAUUCUCAUUGGUAUCAAAGUAAUGUAUUCCAAACUAUUUCACUUGUUACUAAAAUACUGCACCGAAUCAGUGAUUGCUUUGAAUGGUGAGCUCUAUAAUAAUCUUUUGAAAAAUCGGCAAAUGUGCAUCAUUUACAUUUAUACGGCCGAGAUAUACGUCUUACUACAACAUCCAUCAUCAUCAUGAUGCGUGUUUUUCGUAUAGUAGAGGCCAAGUCAAUGAAGAAGAGUACACUUAUUAUUAUUAUUCCCAAUGUUCUUUUCAAGAGCCAAACUUUUCUUUGAUACAUCCUCUGAAGCCUCAGUUGGUUCUAGACGCCAUUCAAACUACCUACUUUCCCUUUUCUAUAUCAAUUAUCAUCUUUCUCUUCGUUGCUUCCACUCGAGUUAUCUCAGGGUGUGUAAUAGUGGAUGGAAAAAGAGAAGGAGAAUACGUUUCGAGUGGUGACAAAUGGGUGUCAUGUUCUUAUCUCAAACAAGCCUGAUCACUCCGCUACGUCGGGAUCAGGAUUGGAAGCGGGCGUAACUGCGCAAUGCUUAUAGUGAGCCAAGCUCACCUUUUCUACACGGUUUGAUUUUAGCUUCCUAUCUUCUUUGGUGAAGUCGGUUUUAUUUUAAAACUAAAAGGACAGACAUAUAGACAAACAUUCCUGCCGCCUCCAAAAUCCACCAUUGCCUAAUAGCCGGGUCAUUUGCUAGGAAUGAAAAUUAGAUGUCGGACAGUUAAUGCAUUGGAAAUAUCGAAAGUGCUCAAAAUUUUUCGUCGUUCUAUUUCUUGACUAGAUUUUAUCUCAUUGGCAGUUUUCCUGGUUCUCUCAUUCUGCAGAGUCCCAUCUCGUUUGCGUAUGUGUGAGAUGACAACUGAUCCCUAAUCUAAACGACCAUUUUGUGCAGCUCUCUCUCUCUGUCUCCCAAUUUCCUACACUUUUCAAAAAGCCCUACCUUCUGCUCACGCAGUUCUGAGAAAAGAAUAAAUUGGCUCCCUCUUCGGUAACUAGGAUCACAAGUAUCUAAAAGUCACCUUUCGAUCUCUCAACUCUUGGUGAUCUAGUUUCGGUAAGCGUUCCGCAGUGAAAGGAAGACAAUAGGUGAGCAGGAAUGGCAUUAACGCGCUAAAAUCCUCAUAAUCCGAUUAGUUCACACGCUAGCUUCCGAUGAGAACACAACAUGCAUAACCGUUUUUCUCCGCCUCACGAAAAGUGUUUGUUCCAACACUGUUAACUUGUUUUUUAUUCUCCAUCCACAAUUCAACAUUUUUCAGGAUAUCGACAACACAAUCGUGAGCAUGAAGUAGACCAACGAAUGACUCAAAGUAUGAUCACGGAACGAAUACAACGAUCGCAGUCUCCGGUAGAUGUGAGCCUCGCUCUGAGUGAAGAUUCGACGAUAACAAUAACCGAGUUGAACAACAGGUAAUCACUGUGACUUUACUGAACUGAAACAGUUACGAGAAUGUGAGAAAAGUCAGAUCUUUCAGAAGUUGUUCGCCUUUCAAUGCCAACUUCAUAAAUGCGACUCCUGCCAUGAGACGAAGACGAAGUCACAUGGGGGUUCGGCAAAGAAACUAUCGAAUAAUGGAUCAUAACGAGUCGAAGUACAUCCUUCAGCAACAGAGCAGUGCAACAGACGAAAAGAAAGGAACUCUCCUCCGUCGAAAGAGCAGCAAGAAAAUGAUUGAACCGUUAGUACUGAAGAUUUUAAAGAGUCUAUGAUAACUUCUGUUUUAGAGUUCCAAUGAUCAUCACUCCUCCAGUUUUCAUGGCUCGAUCACAGUGCUGCUCUGUUUGCAGCAAAGAGAAAAAGUAAAUCUCCGUUUCUCUCCGUUUUGUUCCGGUUAAUUCGCGUUUAACCUCUGACUUUUUUUCCUCUUUUUUGAUUAGUAUCCUGUUCUGUGAGGAAAUAGGCGAAGCAAAGAGAAACAUCGUACUUGGAUUCUUUCUAAAGAAGUUUGGGUUUUUAGGAUGCUUUUCGAUGUUCUCAAAACAGAUAAUGAUUAGCGGAAAGAACAUUACAAGAAUAAUAGUGACCUUUUCCUGUCAAAGCAUUAUUACAAUCUCACCAAUUCAUCUUGCGAGCGCGAAAUGAAAAGUGAUUUGUCUGCCCGUCCCGUUUCGAGGUUUUCGUAAGCAAAACCUUUCCGAGAGAUACCUGCACAGAGAGAUUUUAUUCUCUUUGUUUGUUUUCUCGAACAAGUGUAUUUGUUUCCUUCCUCAUCCCUUGCAUACUUGAGGAUCGAUGACGAAACUGUCAAAAAACAUGCGUGUGCGUCGUCCAUCGGUGUCGCAAGGUGCUCUAGUAGUUUCAUGCUGCGUCCCCUUGUUAUCCAAUCGCCAGGAAGUGCAAUGGCUUCGAAGCUUUCAAUCAGGUUAUCGUCGGAUGAAUUCACGUCUUUCCAACUUUUUAAUCGUAGUGUUUCCUCGUGUUCAAGGUUAAAACGGUCACUCACCACACCACACAUUUAUGCAUCGAAAUUGUGUAUGCCUAGACCUAGCAUCAGACUGUCUGUUUCUCCAAAAAAAUUCUUGUCAUUUUCAACUAUUGGGAACAUAAACCCGUUAUGCAAUAGUCCCCCCCCCCUCUUCUUUUCAAUCGUUCCAUUCCUCUACAGCUUUUGUUUGUUGAGCUUCUCUUCUUGACCAACAUGAUAUUGCUCACACGGCGUAUUUAUUGUGAAAAAGUUUUGCUACCGGUCUGUUGAAUGACCCAUUUUGUCGUUUGUCAAGCCGCUUAAUUUGGCUAACUCAGCAUAGCUUACGAGUUUCUCUUUUUUGGCCGCCAAAUGGUGGUAGAGAAGUUUGUAGAUAUUUAGAAAUGCCCUUUCCGAUUAGAUGACCCAAUUCUUCAACUUACAACUAUAAUUGCAUACAAUUUAGAAUCAAGGUGGACACUUCUGUUUUCUUGUUCAUUUCGCCCUUCAAAUAUACACCUGGAAAUAGGAAAACUAGAAACUAGCCGCCAGGAACUGUAAAACCGCUAACUUUCUCUCCUCUUCUCUUUCAUUGUUCGUCUUUUUCUGAUAUUAAGGGAAGAGAGAGAGAAGAGAAGAUGUGAAAAAGUGACAACACACCCAGCUAACUGCUGUUGGUCUAUUAUUAUUAUAAGUGCUAAUAGUAAUAUUACACCCUCUCUAUGUCUUGCUAAUGAUCACUUGUAGUGUCCACAUCCGCCACCAGAUCACCAGAUCCUACUAGUAACUGUAAGUAAGUUGAACUUCUUCUCCCUGCCUUUCUUCUUCGCAUCCCUAUUUAGCCACUAAAGAUUGGGACUAAAAUAAACAAAUGACAUGAUAAUCGCAUGAUUUCGGCGGCGAAGCCUGAGGUUGAGCCAAAAUUCGAAACAUUCUUUCUUUGUGGGCAAACAUUGAGAGCAUGUUUCUGCCGCAAUCCCCCCAGCAUUCUCUUUACAACCCAUCUCUACUUUUUCGCGCCGCACAAGUUAUUAGGAAGCUCGUUUCGAUUGUUUCUGAGUUGUUUCUGUGGUCUGUACAAGUACUUGGCUCUAAUGUUCACAAAACUUGAUAAGUUUACCUCUUUUUGUGCCAUUUGUCGCUCGCCAAAGCUUUUUGCUGCUACUACUAUUGUCGGUCUCUGCUCGUAAAUAUAAGUGACGGGACAUGCCCGAAUUGGCUGCCCGUGGACACCAGAGACGCGAAAUUUUUUUUAUCUUCGUGAGCACAUCGCUCGGAAAAUUCUGGUAACGGUUUUUCUGCAGUCCCACACAUUUAACUUGAUGCCUCUACAUACGAUUAGAAUAUUCCAUUCAAAUCGUUCGUUCGUUGAUGACCUUUGCGACCAAACUUUUUUUUCGCGUUCUUUUUUUCAUCGCUUUGCAGGAUAACCACUAUUAUUACAACGUCCACGAAGGACGUAUCUAAUCGGUUUUGAAUGUGUUCUUAAUAUUUAAUGCCGAAAAUUGUCGUCUUCAUAUCAUUCUUUAGUGCUCCCGUUUCGGACCGUUCUUUCUGUUUGCAAACGGAUUUUCCGCAUCGUCGCCUUUUUUCGCUUUCUUUUUCGAGUUUCACUCAGGGAAGUGUAUCAAUUGUCUUUUCACAUCCUAUGUUGCUCAUGGUGACACGUUUCGAAUGUUUUGUUUUCUUCCCACGGCCUCCUUCCAACUUCUGUGCGCUAUUCUUCUUUUUUUUCUCUCCUUCCCGUAUUUCUUAACACUUUUGUGCAUGGGCUCAUAUUUCAAGACACUUUGUCUUCUUUUUUGUAGAGAAGGUCAUAGUAGUAUCAUGUUCCCUCCUCUUAGGAAAGUGUUUCUUUUCUUAUUUCUAAUGGAAUGUUCGUAUCACAAGUCGCGCAAACACAAUUCCCGUUUUACUUCAUUUGCAAUUCAAUUAAAUCAGAGAACCUCGUCUACAUAUUUUGUACACUGUCAUUUUUUGACUAAUUUGUCAAUCCAAUCCGUUUCUAAGAAAGUUCAAUCCUCGCUAAGGAUGUGAACAAUUUGGUCGACGAACACUUAGGAUCUUUUGAAUUCCUUUUCCGUUCCAUUUUCUUCGUCUCAAUUUGAGUUAUCACAUUUUCGUAUGCUUUCUCUUGUUUUGUUUUUGGAGCGUUCCAAUUCCUGCCACUGUUUCCAAAAAAACUGACGCCUCACUUGUGAAACGUCCAGUUUCCAAAGCUCAUUUUCCUUCGCAGCCCCAUAAAUUUAGUGAUUUAUUUCCCAAUCUGUGUAUAUAUAGGCAGCCCAGCCUAAGCUCUUCACAUUCUACUUUCACCUUCACACCCUCAUCUAUUUUUCUUGCAGCACAUACACAGUGUCAACGCGAACGCAAUCGUACCCUCUGGAAAGUAUGCCGACGAUAUCUUCGGAUCGGACGGCUGACGAGGUUUCCAUUUGUCUGCAACUGGUAAUUCAGCUUACUUUAAUCAUUUUCAGGAGUCCGCUCGACACUCGUUUGUCUCCAAUUCAACUGGCUACAGCAGUGCCCGGUCGUCUCUCCGCAGUUCCGAUGGAGGAGAUGAAUCCAACAACAAUGCGAACUCUGUGGGAAACCGGGACAGCGCCAUCAGCAGCAGCUUCUCGUUUUCUUCGCAAUCCUCUGCUCGAAGAUCAGCUUUGCUUUCCAAAGGAGCUCUAACACAUCUGGACCGCAUUGCGAUUGAACUCUUGGACACAGAACGUUCUUAUGUGGAAGAUUUGAGCGCGGUUAUCAAAGGAUACAUGGACUUUUUGGUGGAAGACCGCGAGAAGCUCAAAGUUACACUAGACUCUAUUUCUUCACUCUUCGGAUGCAUUGAACGAAUUUUCGCUUUUAACAAGCAGCUGUACACUCAGUUGGAUGCCGCGGAUUUGGACUGUGUGAAAGUGAGAUUCAGGGUCACUUGAAUAGUUUUCAUUUGAGUAAUCCUUCUAGAUGAGCAAAUGUUUCGUUGAUAAUGAGGGGAACUUCGAAGACUACAUUGAGUACUGCACCAACUAUCAUCGGUAAGAGAUGUGUUUGAAGAUCGUCUGGCAAAUUACUCCUUCCAGAAUGAUGUCUGCCCUUUACCUUCUUCAACAACAGCCGCUGGUUGCUAAAGCAUUGCAAGAGCGUCAGUUAGCUCUGGGACACUCAUUACAGUUGUCUGCUUACCUUUUGAAGCCAGUUCAACGUAUUCUAAAGUAUCAUCUGUUUUUGGAGGUUGGAACACCUUCAUUUGCUUUUUAUGUAUGCUACAUUCAGAACAUUCUUAAAAACAUGCCCUCCAGCACAAGGUCCGAAGAGCUGCAUCAAGUAAAGCGCGCUCAUGACGUCAUGACUUCGCAGGCUUCACGCAUAAAUGACGAGAAGAAGAAAGCAGAGCACAUUGAGAGAGUUGGACAGUUACAAUCGACACUCCAGAAAUGGAAAGCUGACGAGGUAUAUAGUUAUUUUAAGGAAGCACCCGUACUCUGAAUUCUUUCAGAUUCAAAUCAGCAAUUUGUCGGCGUAUGGUGAUUUAUUGUUAGAAGCAACGUUCCGCCAAGCUGGUUCUAAGACCACACGCUUAUUGUUCCUCUUUGAGGAAAUGUUGUUAAUUGUCAAGCAGAGAGGUUCAAACUAUGUUUGCAAAGAUUAUAUCAUGGUAAUUUACUGCAGUAAGGAUAAACUCUUCAGUUCAAGAAUACUAUUUAGUGCUCAAACUUGAUGCUCAAUGAGUGGAUUUGUCCUGAAGAUCCACUAUGCUUCCAAGUCCUCUCAUUUGAUAAUCCACGAGCUCAAUAUGUGUUCCUAGCCGCUUCAAUGGAUCAGAAGCGUGUUUGGAUGCAAGAAUUGAAGAGGAUGAUGCUCGAUCAUUAUUCUGUAGAAAUCCCGGAGAAGACAAAACAGCUUAUGCUUAGCAUUGACAAUACUAAAAUGGUUCCUUUUGGAAGACCUGAGUUUGCCGAAGUGUCUUUGAAAAAUCAUAAAAAAGUACCGAAGUAUCUGGAGAAAAGAAGGAAGUCGGUGGACGCGAAGGAAGAGAGCAGCCGGAGGCGAAGUUUGUCAGCAUCUCGCUUGCUCGGAGGCAGCAAGACAUCAAUAUCGGAGCCAAUUAGAGAAGAACAGAAGUGCACGUGCCACAUGAACGGAGGAGCUUUCAAUGGCGCCAAUCCAACCACGUCAAGAUCUAUUGUGAGUUUGCAAAUUUUUCUUUUUUUCUAUCACUCACCUAAUUACUAAUCUAGAUGCGUCCCUUUCUAACCCUCAAAUCCCAACCUCUAUCACUGGAAUCUAAUUGUCGUCCGCCAGUGUGUCGAACGCAGUCUGCUGCAACAAUCGAUCUUAAUCAGGUGAUUAGAUUUCACACUUCUUUAACACGUUUGCUUGCUAUUGGAGAUUGGAGCUGCACCUGUCUCUUACCUGAAAGGAUUUUGUUAAAUGACAGUCAGCUGUCACUUUUAUUAAAAUUUUAUUAAACAUUUAAAUAUGUCAGAUAAGCAUCACUGAGCCUAACAGCGCAGCCGUGAUGUCCUCUAGAAGUAGGUACCAACAAGCCAGGAAUCGGAGGCUUCCUCCUCGUCACAAUCAAGAGGUACACAUGAUUUUGAACUUGGAAAAACACUCCCUCAUGCCUUCAGUCUCGAUCUACAUCUGGGCGUCGACUAGGAGAAGAUGAGAUUGAUAAAACAUUUGACCAGCUUUAUGAAGAACUUGUUUCGUGUGGAGACUCCGUCAAGGUACUUUAUUAUUAUUGCUAUUUAUUUAGGCCGUGGGGGAGGAGAAUAAGCAUAAAAGGAAUGGUUUAUGCCGGAUACUUUCUAGUUUAAUGAGUGAUGCCUGGUUUAUUGAUUAUGACUAAGCAAUCUGAAUAUUGACCGAAUUGCAAAGUUCCUGAAAUGUUUCAUUUUUAUCAGAAAUGACUUUGCAGACGAGCACAUCAUUCGCCCCGUCACACAACCGCACCCAACGUCAAAAAUCGGAGGCGCCGACGAGUACUGUAACGACCAUCACUGUUGCAGCCACUCCUGCCACUGCCACGCUUUCUGUUGCCGAGUGCACGGUAGUCAACUGGAAUUUAAAAAGAACCGAACGUUCAUGAAAUGGUUUUAGAAUACAAAGCUCCGCUCAAAAUCGUUGACCAGGCUGGAUGAGUAUGAAGCUGAACCAAUUUGCUUGAGACCGAGCAUUGAAAGGAGAUAUUCAAAAGUGGAUCAAUUAAAGAAAAGAUCCCGAAAAUAUCAAGUGAAUCAGGAGCCAGAAGCAGCAGAUGUGCUUCGACCGAGUGUAGGUAGAUUUUCGCUGACAGAACACGAGAUCAUCAUACAUGGAGAGGUAUUAUAUAAAUCAUGAUCAAACACGAAUGUAAAAUUGUAGGAGCCCUACAGACGAAAUUCCGGCCGCCAACGAACCCCGCUUACUGCUCAACAAGCAGCCGAACUCGACGACUACUUCCCCUCCUCCAUGAGCUCAAACCUUCAGUCUUGCUCUAGCAGCGCUUCUGUAACUCCAUCCAAGACACCGAUGAUACGCCAGUAUGAAAAUGCAUAA